AUGCAGAGUUGUAUGGCCUGCGGGAAGGCCCGCGAGCCCGGGAAGGCUGGUGCUCCUGCUCCUGCUCAAGCUGCUGCUGCUGCUUCUGCUGCUGCUGCUGCUGCUGCUGCUGCUGCUGCUGCUGCUGCUGCUGCUGCUGCUGCUGCUGCUGCUGCUGCUGCUGCUGCUGCUGCUGCUGCUGCUGCUGCUGCUGCUGCUGCUGCUGCUGCUGCUGCUGCUGCUGCUGCUGCUGCCGCUGCUGCUGCUGCUGCUGCCGCUGGUGCUGUUGCUGCUGCUGCUGCUGCUGCUGCUGCCGCUGCUGCUGUUGCUGCUGCUGCUGCUGCUGCUGCUGCUGCUGCUGCUGCUGCUGCUGCUGCUGCUGCUGCUGCUGCUGCUGCUGCUGCUCAGGAUGAUGCGGCUCCCACUGCUGCCGCCGCUGCUCCGGCUGACGUGGAAUGGGACAGUGUGGCAGCAGCGGGAACACAUGUUGCAGCACCAAGGGAAGCGCCGGUCGUAAUGGGUGCGGAGGAUGUGAGAGGAGCACAGGAUGUAGCGAGAGCGCAUGGCGAUGCAUCAAGUGCUCGUGGUGAUGUAGCAGGAGGGAAAGAUGCUGCAGCUGAUGAGUGGCUCAAAGGAGGAGCGAAGGAUACAGCAGGAAGGGGAAGUGCAGCAGGAGCAGGAGCACUGGUUGUAGCAGCAGCAGAACAGGUGCAGGCUGUGGCAGGCGCGCAGGCUGUAGCAGAAAACGAUGCAGGAACAGGGUUCCAGGCUGUAGCAGCAGGAGCAGGUGCAACCAGAGCGAGGGUUGGACCAGAAGGGCAGGUCGCAACAGCAGGGCUGGGGGAAAUGGAGCGAAAGGGCCGGGCUGUAGAAGCAUCGGGGGACGGCGGUGGGUGGUUAUGCGAGCCGUGGUACACUGUCCUCACCACCACACGCAUCUCAGUCCUUGGCAUCUCCACACUGCCUGUCUCCUCCUCAGCAGCUGCAACACCCUCUCCAGACUUGAAUGCUCUGGCAGCAAGGCCGGCUCUGAAUGUGGCCUUUGAGUUGGUUGUGAAUGUGGGAGCAUGUGGGAGAAUUCGGGGAGGAUGGGAGAAUGUGGGGAGGAUGGGAGGAUGUGGGGAGGAUGGGAGAAUGUGGGGAGGAUGGGAGGAUGUGGGGAGGAUGGAGAAUGUGGGGAGGAUGGGAGAAUGUGGGGAGGAUGGGAGAAUGUGGGGAGGAUGGGAGAAAUGUGGGGAGGAUGGGAGAAUGUGGGGAGGAUGGGAGAGGGGAGCAUCAGAAAAGAGUGAUCACAGCUGUCCACAUUCGAUGUGA